AUGAAGACCAUCUUCACCAACGGCCGCAUAUUCGCGCCCUCGUCAAACGAUCUAAACGCAGACAAUGCAUUUGCGGAAUCAAUGGUCAUUGAAGACGACCACAUUGUCAAUGUGGGUGUACAGGACAAGGCUCCCUCUGGAGACUAUACAAUCGACUUGAAUCGCCGAAUUGUCGUGCCCGGCUUCAUCGACGGCCACGUGCACAUCCUCAACUUUGGUCUGUCCUUGGGCAAGCUCGACUUGAUGGACUGUACAUGUCUAGAGGACAUUCAGGCGGCCAUUAGAUCAUUUGCAGCAAGUCAUCCUACUGCGCCUCGUCUUCUCUGCCGAGCAUGGAUUCAAUCAACAACCAGUGGCGUUGCUCUGGCAAGUAUGCUUGACGACUUGGACCCUCGACCGAUUCAUAUCGAAUCCCUCGAUUUACACUCAGUCUGGUGCAAUUCGGCAGCCUUAGAAGAAAUGGGUAUCUCCUCUACCCGCGAUCCACCUGGCGGAACGAUCCACCGGGAUGAGACCGGAAGACCAUCGGGCCUCCUGAGCGAAAGUGCCGUGAUCGACAUCGUCUGGCCAUUUCUCGCAAGCAUCACCACGCAAGAGGAAAAGCUAGAGGCCCUGGGCCGAGCUUUCACUGCAUACACACAAGCAGGGUACACCGGCCUCGUCGACAUGGCCAUGGACGAAACCACGUGGGACGUCCUCCAGCUCUACCGACAACGUCACGAUCCCCCCCUGCACAUCGCAGCAUACUGGCUCGUCCCCUUUUCCCAGAACGAAGAAACCAAUUUUAGCCAUGUUGACCGCGCGAUCCAGCUACACGCCGAGUUCCACCCCACCAAAUCACCCAACUUCUGCAUCAUGGGCAUAAAGCUCAUCUGCGACGGUGUCGUCGACGGCUGCACAGCGGCGCUCAGCCAGCCAUACGGCAGCCUUACCGACCCGGUCGAGCCCAUCUGGCCCGCGGAGAUGCUGAAAGCCGUCGUCCAGCGCGCAGACCAAGCCGGCCUGCAAUGCGCCAUCCACGCCAUCGGUGACAAAGCCGUGACGCAAGCCAUCGAUGUCCUCGCGGAGGUGGGCACCCCCGGCCGCCGUCACCGCAUCGAGCAUCUGGAGCUGGCUGCCCCCGAGGACGCAAGACGGUUGGGGGAGUUGGGGAUAAUCGCGUCAGUGCAGCCGGUCCACUCGGAUCCGGUUUUGUUCCGUGCGUGGCCGGAGUUGAUCGGUGAGCGCUGCCAGAGGGCUUUUGCGUAUAGCGAGUUUGUGGAUGGAGGGGCGAGGCUUGCAAUGGGGACGGAUGCGCCUACGGCGGCUCAUUUGCCGUUGCCGAAUCUGUAUAAUGCGACGACGAGGCGUUCGGCAUUGGAACCAGGCGAGCCAGCCGCUACGAAUCCGCGUUUCGGAUUAGGGCUGGCGGAGGCUGUCACGGCUGCGACGGAAGGGGCGGCGUAUGCGAGAUUUGCAGAGGGGUGGACGGGGUGCUUAAGGGAAGGCCGUAGCGCGGAUUUUGUGGUGUUAGAUAUGCAGUGGGAAGCGGAAGAGUUGUUGGAGGGUAAGGUGUGCGAGACUUGGUUCGGAGGGAAGAGGGUAUACAGUGUAGAAAGAUGA